AUGUCUUUAUUAAGACUCGGAUUAAAAAAUUAUAAUACUACAAAACCCUUUUCUAUAACAAAGAUUAUUUCAAAUUCAUCACUAAAUAACAUUUUGAAAACUUCAUUCCAUACUUCUAGGUCAAUUAGAAAACUUCCAAUACAUUAUAAUAUUACCAAUGUUUCUUUAAUUAAUAAAACUUCCUUAUUAUCUUCAAUUCAAAAUGAUAAUUUUAACUUUAAUAGAUCUAUUCAUCGAUCAACUACUUUUUUACAACAAAAUAAUCUUCAUAAAAAUGAACCUAUAAAUAAUCAUGAUUUGAAAUUUAUUACAGAUAGAGAUAGACAAUUAGCCAAGACUCAAAAUAUUGCGAAAAAAUUGAAAAUUAAUUUAAGAUGGCUAUUAACAAGAUCAACAGACCCCUUAAGUAAAGGUACCAUUGGAACUGUAAUAUCAUGGGUGAUUUUCAGUAAUGCAUUAAUAUUUUUAUUUGCUACAACAACUUUCUUAUCAGCAAUCAUUUAUUUGAUGAAUUCAUUAUUUGCUCAAGAAUAUUUAGCUACGAAAGUUGGUGAAUUUCUAACUAAAAAUUUAGGCGUUUCUGUGGUUUUUGAAAAUGCAAUAGUUCCUGAUUGGAGAUCUGGGAAAAUAACUUUCAAUAAAGUGUUUAUAUCAAGAAGACCUAAUUUAUCAAGAAGUUUUGGUAAAGGUUCACAAAAGGAAGCAGCUGAAAGAGCAAGACUGGCGUUAAGUGCGGGUCUUCUUAUAAAUAGAGGAGAUUUCGAUGAUGGGAAUUAUACACAAUAUGAUUUAACAAUAGAUCAAAUUGAAAUAUCAUUAAGUUUCUCUAAAUGGAUUAAUGGUACUGGGAUAUUAGAUGAACUAUCAAUCUCAGGUUUAAGAGGGGUCGUUGAUAGAACUCAUGUAAAUUGGGCAAAAAAUGACGAUCCUAGAAAUUAUUUAAACAAACAUAAACCAGGUGAUUUUGAAAUAGAAAAAUUUGUCAUGAAUGAUGUCUUAUUCACAAUGUAUCAACCUAAAAAUUUUAGACCGAUUCAAAUUAGUAUUUUCAAUUGUGAUUUACCAAGAUUAAGAAAACAUUGGUUAUUAUAUGAUAUUUUACACGCUAAUAGUAUAAGUGGGACAUAUGAUAAUUCAAUGUUUACAAUUCAUAGAAAAUUUGUUUCUCAUGUUAAUGAUUCAAAUAAAGAUAAAUUAAUAUGGAGUAAAAUGACUAGAUUAAGAGUUGAUAAUUUGGAUGUAGAUCAUUUAAACGCUGGAGAUAGUGGACCAUUUGGUUGGAUUACAGAGGGGAAAGUUGAUAUGCUCGGUGAUGUAAUGUUGCCUGAUGCAAAUGCUAAUUUCUCUCAAUUGCAAGAUAUUAUCCAUGUAAUUGGUGAUGGAAUAUUAAAAGAAGCUAAAAACUAUUCUGAAGUCCUAGGAUCAACUAUUUUCUUACCAGAAAAUUCAAGUGCAAAUAAAGAAAUAUUUUCUCAAAUUGAACCUUCUGAAUAUAUGAUAAUAGAUUUGUCAGUAAAGCUUCAUAAUGUAAAAGCAGAAGUACCCUUAUUUACUAGUCAAUUAGGUUAUAUCAAUAACGCUUUAAUAAGACCUAUUGUUGGUUACAUUAAUUCAAGACGAACAUAUAUUCCUAUUAGAUGUAGAAUUAUUAAGAACGUUUCUGAUUUUGAAGGCUCUUGGACAGUUUAUGAUUCAUUACUUCUAAAUGAUAUUAGUGAAGAAGUAUAUAAUGCAUUUGCUGAAUACGUUUCAGAUAGUAGAAAAAAGAGUCAAAGAAUUAGAAGAGUAGGAUUUUGGUCGUUACAGCUAUUCAUUCAAAUCAUUUUACUUGGUGUUAGCGCAUUUGCAUAA